AUGGCGAAUCAUUCUUCAAGAGAAAUUGUGACUGAAGUUAUUUCGCAUCAAGCCGCUGCGGAGUCUCUGCCAAGUAAGAACGGAUCGCCAGCAGAUAAGGUUCCUGAGAACGAUAUCAGCCAACAAUCCGAGGAAUGGGUAGACGAGAAACCUCCGGAGGAUGUGCCGCCAGAUGGCGGCUAUGGAUGGGUGUGCGUAGCUUGUUCAGCAUGGAUUAACGGAAACACAUGGGGUGUUAAUAGCUCAUAUGCUGUCUUCUUAUCAUAUUACUUGUCCAAUGACAUUUUCCCCGACGCCAGCGACAUCACCUACGCUCUCACGGGCGGCCUAAGCAUGUCAUGUUGCCUCCUGAUCGCUCCCUUAGUAACACACAUGGUUCACCUUUUUGGCAAUCGACUCAUUCUCAACAUAGGAGCUGUGCUCCAAACAAUCUCGUUUAUCAGUGCCUCCUUUGCUAAACAGCAAUGGCAACUAUUUCUGAGCCAGGGUGUCUGUUUCGGAUUCGGUAUGGGCUUCCUGUUUAUUGGAUCCGUGGGCGUUACUUCGCAGUGGUUUCUCCGCAAACGAAGCAUUGCGACGUCCAUUGCAGCUGCAGGCUCCGGUGUCGGCGGAUUAACCUAUUCUCUCGCCACGGGCUCAAUGAUAUCCCGUUUCGGACUUGGGUGGACAUUUCGCAUCCUCGGUAUUAUCACAUUUGUGGUCAAUGUCAUCGCAGCCAAUCUGAUCCGAGACCGAAACAAAGCUACUAGAUCCCAAUACAAAGCAUUUCAUUUCCCUCUGCUCAAACGACCCGAAUUCCUCCUGUUACAGGCAUGGGGUUUCUUAAGCUUGCUAGGAUACGUCGUGAUACUCUUCAGCCUCCCCAACUUUGCACUCUCAAUCGGACUCACCGCACACCAAGGGAGUAUUGUUGGCGCCGUCCUUAACCUUGGACAAGGGCCUUGGUCGCCCAAUUCCGUCUGGACCCCAACUCAGAGCAUGGGUCUGCUAUGUUUCUUUGCAAUCAUCGUUGGGACUGUAGCAGGCACAUUCUGGACCACGGUUGUUCCAGUGUGUGCUGAAGUUAUCGGUCUCCAAAUGCUCCCCAGCGGAUUGAGCAUUAUCUGGGUUCUCAUGGUUCCUCCCACGACUGUUUCGGAGCCAAUCGCAGUUCUCUUGAAAGAUGAUUCGAAGGGCAACCGUGCGUAUCUAUACGCCCAGAUUUUUGCAGGACUCGCAUAUGUUAUUGGCGCCUUAUGUCUGUCGGUCGUACGUAGCUGGAAAAUUGGCGAUAAUUUCGUUGCUGCGGAGAGAAAGGCGGCCGCAGAAGCUGCCAAUGCUGCGAAGGCGGUGAAAAUUAAUCCAAGUUCACAUCAUGCGACAGUUACUUCCACAGAUGAUAGAACCUGUAUACCUGGAGAGAAGCCUCAUCAAUCAAGCCAGCCAACGCUGCCACCACGAGAAUCGUCCUCAGGUACUACCACUCCUGCUUCUAACACGAGUGCAUGGAACCCUACCGUUCUUCUCUGCCGGAUGGUCACAUGGGAGCAUGUGUGA